GGGACAAGUUUCGAAUUUCUUCUCUUCCGGCGAGAGACUCAAACUUCCGCCUCCAAUUUCUCGCCGUGAAUCUGAGUUUUCUUCGUGGAAUUUUAACAAAACCAGUCGUCAUACAAGUUUCUCAUGGCGUUUUAGGGCCUUCUCGCUACUAUAAUUCUGGGAGCCACGUGAACUCUGAGUUGUGAAAUGAGCAGUCAUCUGGAACAGGACGCCAAUAUGAAUGGUGUCUGUCUAUGUUCGAUCAGAUGUGUCUAGCAUGCUGAGUUUUGGCGGAUCCGAAAGUCGUGAUAGUAUGGAUGAUAGUAGGAAAGGAUUAUUCGAACUUUGGACUGUCUUGUGUAGCCUUUUAAAUCAGCUUAGUCCUGGGUCAAUGAGAAUGGGAGGCAGCUUUGAGCCUGCUAGUGUGAAAAUUGAGCGGUUUCUGACUGCAUUGGGUGAAAUGGCCCUGCCUAGUAAAAAGCAGGGGGAUAUGGUGCCAGUUUUUCAGUCCCUUAAGGCGCUUAAAGCCAGUUAUGAUAAGAACUCACUAGCUGCGAGGAGGAGAUGGAGCUUGCCAGGGGACCACUCAGAUUCAAGAGGAGAUAACCGCAACUUUACUAUUGGAUUGCAGUCGAAGGAAGGAUCUGAGAUUGAUAUGUCUGAUGCUAAAAUUUCGGAAUUACUUAAAUCAAACAGUUUACGAAAUGCUCCUACUAGGUCACUGUUUGACAUGCUGGAUAAGCUUCUAGAUGAGAGCAUUAUUCAUAUCUACUUGAAGGUGUCAAAAAAUUGCUUAAAACUAUCAAUGAAGAGAUAUGGAAACAGCUAUGAGUCUUACUUAGUGGCUGUGGUAUGUCCAAGCAAGAUUCAGAUCGAACAUUGGGCUAAAGAACACAAUGUUUCAGGAGACUUUGAGUCUAUCUGUCAAAACUAAAAGACUAAAGAGUUUAACCUUGGAGAAUUCAACAGAGUAGCCAAAGACAGAGAGGUUUGAUUUGUUCAUUAUUCUUCUACUUAUAAAUUCUUGUUUUGUAUUUGCAACCUUCUUUUAGCUAAGAAAAUUGUGGGUUUUGUCUUACAGCUGAAGGGAUUUGAGCUGAUCAAAGGUGUACAUUUUGGUUUGAUGAUGUUUCGGGGUGUACUGAAUCGGAUGAUCUUAACCUAAGAACCAUUUUCUCUGUUCUUGUUUACGCAGAAAGAGAUUGAUGAAAUGUAUAACAAAGGCAAAGAAGUGAAGCUUCGAGAGUAAAGAAAGGAAGUUGUUGGACAAAUCUCUCAGGUUUAUAUGUUUCUCUUAUCACUCUAAUUCAUAUUGUUAUAUGUCUCUCUAUGUUGGGUUAAUAUCGAAGUUGCUUGUGCCAAAUACAUUAGUUUCUUUUUUUUUGCUUCUAAGCAACCAAAUCUUUUUUUUGUACUUAACAUUCUCCUGUUUUGUGUAGUAUUUGUAUUGAUAUUUUAAUAAAGUUCUGUCUAUGAA